CAAGAUUAGCGCGUGCGCACGUGCAAGCUUUAACUCAUGUUUCUCGGAAGAAACUGAUCACAUGCGUCUAUCUAUCGCGCGAAAAAAGUUAAUUUUGUUUAACAUCAAUAUUGAUAAUGAUAUGUCAAACCCGAUAAAAUGAGUAAAAGAUUGAAACUGGGUGUCAUCUCGACCUCGAGAGCCUUACGUUCGGGAAAAACUCUCGCAGACUCCUCAGAAAAAACAUCACCUUACUUCGAUGAUGAGAGGAAAUCAAAAACCGGUACGAAGAAACGUUUGCCGAUCAAGAUCGAGUACGAUGCUGAAGAGGAUAAGACAAAUGUUAAAAGUACUCCUGCAGCACCAGCUGUCGAAGUAAAGAGCGAAAAUGUCAAAGAAUCAUCGAUGCUGAAAACUGUCAAAACCGAAGAAUGCGAAAUUAAAAAUGAGAAUGCAGAACAGUCGGUGGAUUUGAAUAACAUCAAGGAUGAGAAUCGAUGGAUGCCACCGAAUUGGGAGAUUAUUUUGAAAAAUGUCAAAGAAAUGAGGAAGCAUAAGACAGCCCCGGUUGACGAUAUGGGUUGUCACAAAUGUGCAGAUCCUAAUGCCAGUCCAUCGGUAUCCAGAUAUCAAUCAUUGAUAGCUCUAAUGUUAAGUAGUCAAACAAAGGAUCAGGUCACACAUGCCGCUAUGCAGCGUCUUAAUAUUUAUGGUUGUAAACCAGAUAUAAUAGCAGCUACUCCUGAUGAUGUUCUAGGCAAACUUAUAUAUCCAGUUGGAUUUUGGAAGAGGAAGGUGGAAUAUAUCAAAAGGACAUCGGUUAUUCUUCUAAAUAAAUAUAAUGGUGAUAUUCCAAAAACAAUUAAGGAAUUGUGCGAACUACCAGGAGUAGGACCUAAAAUGGCUCAUAUAUGCAUGCAAGUUGCAUGGGGAGAAGUGUCUGGUAUUGGUGUGGACACACAUGUUCAUAGGAUUUGCAACAGAUUAGAAUGGGUAAAAAAGCCAACUAAAACACCAGAGAAAACAAGAAAUGAGCUAGAAGAUUGGCUUCCUAAAUCUCUGUGGAGCGAGAUAAACUAUCUGCUUGUAGGAUUUGGUCAAGAAAUUUGUCUACCUCAAUAUCCAAAAUGUUCUGAAUGCCUCAAUAAGAAUAUUUGUCCAUAUGCCUCAAAAAAUAGUGGAAAGAAGAAAAAGUCAUAGAUUCCUACUUAUACAUAAAAAAAAAAUCAAUGUUUAUUAUAAAAUAUAUUUAUUUAAAAUAUAUUCAGCAAAUUUUUCAAAUAUUCUAGUGCCUUGAGUUCUUUUUACUUCGCUUACCCUGUUUUAGUACCUUCUGAGAAUUGUAUAAUUUUUUUCUACUCUGUUUUUUGUUUUUUUGUUGUUCCAGUCUCUGCUUUUGUUUAAAUACCUUACUCUUUUUAAUUUGCUUUAGUGUUGCUUUCUUUAUUUCCCGUUUCACUUCUUUCGAAGAUUUAAUCUGUUGACUAUCAGAUUCAGGUUUCUGCUGUAUUGAAUUCUUCUGUUUCUCUUCUAAUGACAUUCCCACAAUGUCAUCGUCAUCAUUGUUAGAAUGUUCACUUUCAUCAUCUUGUUCUUCAUUCUUCUCCGCAAUCUUGUUUUCACCUAUCCAUCUUCCUUCUGCAAGAUCCGCAACAUUUAACUCCAAAAUACUGACUGUAUGACCCUCCAGAUCAUAUUCUUGCUUAGAUAAUAAUUCUUCUAAUUCUGGGACACUCCGAUGUGAUAAUAAUUUCUUGUAACGUUCUCGUGCCUGAUGAAAAAACACAUGUACUAUCUGUAACUAUUUAAAAAAAACAAAUGUUUAAUAUUUGGCACUUA